AUGCUUCUCGACAAGCGCUCUUUUCUCUCUUUCCUGGGCCUGGCGCCCAUCUUUGCUGCUGCGCAGCUCUCCGGUUCCGUGGGACCGCUGACUUCCGCCUCCACCAAGGCAGCUACCAAGACUUGCAACGUUUUGGACUACGGUGCUGUGGCGGAUAAGUCUACUGACUUGGGUGCGCCGUUGGCAUCUGCCUUUGCUGACUGCAAGUCUGGUGGUCUCGUCUAUGUCCCCUCUGGUGACUAUGCUCUCUCCACCUGGGCGAGGUUGAGCGGAGGUGAGGCAUGGGCUCUGCAGAUCGAUGGAAUCAUCUACCGUACUGGCACGGACGGCGGCAACAUGAUCUAUAUCGAACACUCCAGCGACUUCGAACUUUUCAGUAGCACCUCCGAAGGUGCCAUGCAGGGUCUGGGCUACGAGUUCCAUGCUGAUGAUAACUGGAGCGGCCCUCGUCUGCUGCGUUUGUAUGAGGUUACAGACUUCUCGGUCCACGACUUCAUCCUGGUUGACUCCCCCUCGUUCCACUUCUCUCUCGACACUUGCACCAAUGGCGAAAUCUACAACAUGGCAAUCCGCGGCGGUAACCACGGUGGUCUGGAUGGUAUUGAUGUCUGGAGUAACAACAUCUGGGUCCAUGAUGUCGAGGUGACGAACAAGGACGAGUGUGUCACUGUCAAGAGUCCGUCGAAGAACAUCCUUAUUGAGAGCAUCUACUGCAACUGGAGUGGUGGCUGUGGUAUGGGUUCGUUUGGCUCUGAUACCAAUGUUAGCGACAUCACUUACCGCAACAUUUACACCUGGAACUCGAACAACAUGAUGUUGAUUAAGAGCAACGGAGGUAGCGGCUUCAUCGAGAAUGUCCUCCUCGAAAAUUUCAUUGGCCACGGUAACGCUUACUCCCUAGAUAUUGACAGCUACUGGGCCAGUAUGAGCGCGGUGGAUGGCGAUGGUGUCCAGUUGAGCAACAUCACUGUCAAGAACUGGAAGGGAACCGAAGCUUACGGUGCUGAGCGUGGUCCUGUCAAGGUGGUCUGUGCUGAUGGUGCCCCUUGCUACGACAUCACCAUUGAGGACUUCGCCAUGUGGACUGAGGAGGGUGAUUCUCAGUGGUACUCUUGUGAGAGUGCCUAUGGCAGCGGAUUCUGCCUUCAGGACAGCGACGACCACGUCUCCUACUCGGCCACCACUUCCACGGUCGACUCCGCUCCCUCGGGCUACUCUGCCACCUCCAUGGCGGCCGAUCUGACCACCGACUUCGGCUCUACUGUUUCUAUCCCCAUCCCAACCAUCCCCACCUCUUUCUACCCGGGUGCCACUCCCUACAGUGCUCUGAUGGCCGACAGCGCUUCUACUGCCGCUGCUUCUUCCCUUGCCAGCCAUGCCACUGUCGCUAGCAGCAGCGUUUCCGUUGCUGCUUCUGUGCCCAGCGCUGUCGCCCCUAGCGAGAGCAUCCCCGCUGCCACUUCCGCCAUUGUUACGAGCGCUGCUGCCGUUGCCCCCAGCCCGGCUGUGGGUGCCCAGGAGGGUUCCACUACCUCCGUUCCCAGCUUUGCUGCCCCCAGUGGUGCUGGAAACUCUCCCCAGGGCCCUAGCGGAGCUUCUGGAUUCGGCCAGAAGGGCCAGCAGGGCGAGCAAAGUGGACAGGGUGAGCAGGGCGAGCAGGGCGGACAGGAGGUCUGCUACGUGUAA